AUGCAUCGUCAUCGUCGUCAACAUAAAUUACUAGUACAAGAAGAACCUAACCCAAGCCACCUGCUCCGACUCAGCUCCAGCUCCACCCACAGGCCACAAUCCCUCUUUGUUUCUCUCUCUGUGUGUUUAUCUUCGCCUCAUCGUCCUCCUCCUCUUGUUGCCAGCUCCCACAAUCCAGAUAAGCUAGGUAGAUUAGCUAGAGGAAGAGGAGAGGUAUUAAGUGAAGAGAAGAAACAGAGCAGAUUGACUACCUAGCGAGAGCACAAGUAUGGACAAGUACGAGCCCGUUCGGGAGAUCGGGGCGGGCAACUUCGGGGUGGCCAAGCUCAUGAGGAACAAGGAGACGCGCGAGCUCGUCGCCAUGAAGUUCAUCGAGCGAGGCAACAGGAUCGACGAGAAUGUUUUCCGCGAGAUCGUCAACCACCGGUCGCUGCGGCACCCGAACAUCAUCCGUUUCAAGGAGGUGGUGCUGACGCCGACGCACCUGGCCAUCGUCAUGGAGUACGCGGCCGGCGGGGAGCUGUUCGAGCGCAUCUGCGAGGCCGGGCGGUUCCACGAGGACGAGGCGCGCUACUUCUUCCAGCAGCUGGUGUGCGGGGUCAGCUACUGCCACGCCAUGCAGAUCUGCCACCGAGACCUCAAGCUCGAGAACACGCUGCUCGACGGAAGCCCCGCGCCACGCCUCAAGAUCUGCGACUUCGGAUACUCCAAGUCGUCUGUGCUGCACUCGCGUCCCAAGUCAACGGUGGGCACGCCCGCCUACAUCGCCCCGGAGGUCCUCUCCCGGCGCGAGUACGACGGCAAGCACGCCGACGUGUGGUCCUGCGGCGUCACGCUCUACGUCAUGCUGGUGGGCGCCUACCCUUUCGAAGAUCCCAAGGACCCCAAGAACUUCCGCAAGACAAUCUCGAGGAUCAUGUCGGUGCAGUACAAGAUACCAGAGUACGUGCACGUCUCCCAGAACUGCCGCCACCUCCUCUCCCGCAUCUUCGUCGCAAACCCUUACAAGAGGGUCACCAUGAGCGAGAUCAAGAGCCACCCGUGGUUCCUCAAGAACCUGCCGCGGGAGCUCAAGGAGGAAGCCCAGGCCGCCUACUACAGCCGCCGGGGAGGGGGAGACCACUCCAGCGCCGGCGCCAGCAGCAAUGCCAAUGCAGUCGCGUACUCGGCGCAGAGCGUGGAGGAGAUCAUGAGGAUCGUGCAGGAGGCGCAGACGGUGCCCAAGCCCGCCAGGCCCGUCUCCGGCUACGGCUGGGGCGCCGCCGACUCCGCCUCGGACGACGACAACGAGCAGCUGGAGCAAUACGACGACGAGGAGGAGCAAGAGGAGGACGACUACGACAGGACGGUGCGCCAGGUGCACGCCAGCGGGGAGUUCGACAUGGCCAAGCUCCAAAUCUGACCACCCUGCACCUGAUCAGUAGCAACCUAGCAGCAGUUUGCUCCAAACAUGUCGUCCACCUGUUUUCAACAUUUCUUAACAUUCUCUUCCUUUCUAGUGUAACUCUGUCAGCAUCCUUUUUUCUUUCCUUGCCAAAAGUUAGCGCUACCGUUUCUUUGUUUCAA